AUGGGCGACGUACAAGCAGACAAUGCGGCUCCAGCAGAGACCCCGAAGCCAUCGGAGCCUCAGCUCCCCAAGCUGAGCGCGCACGAGUUCAGACAGUACAACCGCUUGGCUGAGCACAUGGACAUGUUUCACAGCAACUUCCGGCGUUCAUGGACGAUCAUGUAUACGGCUUGCGAGAACAACAAACGUCCCUCGGGCAUGUCCAUUCGCCAAUUCAUUGGUCUCGGUCUCGACUUCUGCCACCACCUGGACGUCCACCAUAGCAUUGAGGAGCGCCACAUUUUCCCCAUCUUGGCUCAGAAGAUGCCUGCUUUCCGCAAGGAGCUGGAGCUUCUGACUCAGCACAAGCAGAUCCACAAGGGCUUGGAAAAGUUGGAAAAGUACCUCGAGGAUUGCAAGCGCGGCGAGGAUGAGCUCAGAAUGGACAAGAUGAGGGAAAUUCUCGACUUGUUCGGCAAGGUCUUGUGGCAGCACCUGGAUGAAGAGGUCAAGGAACUCGGCGCGGAGAACAUGCGCAAGUACUGGACUAUCGAAGAGGUCAGAAGAAUACCCAUGUAA